AUGUUGGGGUCUGGCUUUAAGUUGAAUCAGCUGCAGAGAGCUCAGAGCAGAUCGAUUCAAACCAAGGAGCACGAGAAAGGGUCUGCAUUGCAGAAACUCCAAGCUCCUGCCGCCGCUUCGUCUUCAAGUAACGUGGAGCGGUUUUUGGAGUCGGUCACACCAUCUGUGCCUGCCCACUAUUUAUCCAAGACGACGGUAAGGGAAAGGAGAGGCAGUGAUGUUGAUUUGCAGGCUCCUUACUUUGUUCUUGGCGAUGUAUGGGAAUCGUUUGCAGAGUGGAGUGCUUACGGCACUGGAGUUCCUCUCGCUUUGAAUAACAGCAACUACAAGGAUCGUGUCUUUCAAUACUAUGUCCCUUCUCUGUCGGCCAUUCAAAUCUAUGCUGAUUCUGAUGCCUUAAGCUCAUCUCUUCAUGCAAGGAGGCCAGGUGAGGAGAGCGACAGCGAUUUCAAAGAUUCAAGCAGUGAGGGAAGCAGCAGCGAAUCCGAAAGAGGACUCUCUUAUCCUAAAGAGCAGAUCUCUUCUAGAAUGGACCAACUCUCAUUAAGAAAGGAGCAUCAGGAAGACUCGUCUAGUGAUGAUGGCGAGCCUUCUUUAAGCUCUCAAGGUCGUUUGAUAUUUGAGUACCUUGAACGAGAUCUUCCCUACAUCCGUGAACCCUUUGCCGACAAGAUGUCUGACCUUGCCUCUAGAUUUCCCGAGCUGAAGACGCUGAGAAGCUGUGAUCUACUACCUUCAAGCUGGUUUUCUGUGGCAUGGUACCCAAUUUACAAAAUACCCACGGGACCAACGCUCAAGGAUCUGGAUGCUUGUUUCUUGACGUAUCAUUCCCUUCACACACCCUUUCAAGGGGUUACAACAGAGUCUAUGUGUGCGGUGCAGCCAAGGGAGAAUGUUGCGAAGACGGCACUGCCUGUCUUUGGCCUUGCCUCAUACAAGUUAAGAGGUUCUGUAUGGACAAGCAUCAAGGGCUCUGGUCACCAGCUUGUGAAUUCCCUAUUCCAAGCUGCAGACAGUUGGCUGAGGUUGCAUCAAGUCAACCAUCCUGAUUUCAUCUUCUUCUCCCGGUGA